CUGAAGAGAUUUUUUUCUUACUCUUUGUGUCAUUCCAUGGAUAAUGCCAAGAAGUUUCUUUUGCUGCUUGCGCAUGCCACUCAUGGUGAAGAAUGGCUCAUAUCUCGAGAAAACUUGCAACUGACGUUUAUGCUUAAAGUAUCUGUAUUCAUCCGAUUUGUCGAUAUGAACAUGACUGCCAAGAAUCAAUUCAGCGUCCCGUGGAUUUUCAAAGAUAAACGUACCAUCAAUCUUUAAGUUAAAGAAUAAAUGAGCAUUCCCGAUCAAAGGAACAGUUGGAGGUCCACUAAUAGAGUCACCCAUUUUUCGCUCACGGCGCGUCAUCUGCCAAAAAUGUAUGCUGGUCAGAAUAACGACAAUUGAAAUGAGUGGAAAAAGCAAAGGUGACGUGAAAGUCAAGCCUUCUAUCAUCUUCUCCACUACCAUGCUAGGAUUCUUUUAUAUUUUGAAGGCAAAAUUAAAUGUAGAAACUUCACGUUCACUUGAUUCAAAGAAAUUCUUAUUUUUAUAAUCUUGCUGACACUUAUUUUAAUACUAAGUAUAGUAUUAUAUUGAUUGGGACUAUUUAUAGCAAUUCGUAAGGAAAUUGAAUAAAUCACAAAUGAUUUAAUUAUACAAAUUACUUGAGGUCAUUUUUAACAUAAUAAGGUGAGUCUGGUCAAUGUUUUAACAUUAAAAUUCC